CUUCCGGUCUGGUUCGCGGCCAAGAUGGCGGAGCCGGCACGCUGAACGUUUCCCUUCGCGGCGCGCGUGGUCCCUGGACGGUGGUUCCCCGGAGGUUCUGAGCAGGCGCGGCGCCAGCCUUUGGCCCGGAUGGCGGGACAGACCCUGUUCGUGGGCCGGCUCCCGGCCUCGGCCAGCAGCCCGCAGCUGGAGCGUCUCUUCAGUCAAGUGGGGCCCGUGAAGCAGUGUUUCGUGGUCACCGAGAAAGGCAGUAAGACAUGUCGUGGCUUUGGCUAUGUCACUUUUUCCAUGUUGGAGGAUGCUCAGAGGGCCCUCAAAGAAGUUACCACUUUUGAAGGUUGCAAGAUCAACGUGACUGUUGCCAAGAGAAAAAUAAAGAACAAAACAAAAGAAAAGGAGAAGAAGGAAUCUUCAGUGACCCCACAGGAACAACCAGAACAAGAACCAAAGCCCAAGUCUAAAAAAAAGAAAGUAGCUGACAAAAAAGCUAGACUGAUCAUUCGGAACCUAAGUUUUAAGUGUUCAGAAGAUGAUUUGAAGACCUUGUUUGCUCAGUUUGGUUCUGUCUUGGAGGUGAACAUUCCUAGGAAGCCAGAUGGAAAAAUGCGAGGCUUCGCUUUUGUUCAGUUCAAGAAUCUCUUAGAAGCAGGAAAAGCCUUGAAAGGCACGAACAUGAAAGAGAUAAAAGGACGGACAGUGGCUGUGGAUUGGGCUGUGGCCAAAGAUAAAUAUAAUGCAACACAGUCUUCUGCUUUAGGUGAGGAACAAAAAACCACUGAACCCAGAGAGCAAGAUGCAAGUCAAGAGGAGGGCAGUGAGGAGGAGGAUGAGGAUGAUGAGGAUGAAGAUGAAGAGGAUGAAGAAGAAUCACAAGCAGCCGAGUCAGCGAUGACUCAGGAGAGGAAAGGCAAAAGACCACUAACUUUGGAUGCAGAGAGCAGUGAGGAAGAUGAAGACAGUGACCUGGAGGAAAGAAGUAGCAAUGAAGAUGAAGAGGAUCAGGAUCAGAAUGAAGUGGAUUCAGAUGAAGAAGACCAAGAUGUAGAAGUUCCAAAGAAGAAAAAGAAGAGGAAGUUGCCAUCUGAUGUGAAUGAGGGGAAAACCGUGUUUAUCAGAAACCUGUCCUUUGACUCAGAAGAAGAAGACCUGGGGGAGAUCCUCCUGCAAUUUGGGGACCUUAAGUAUGUUCGUAUCGUCCUACACCGAGACACAGAGCAUUCCAAAGGUUGUGCAUUUGCCCAGUUCAUGACUCAGGAAGCAGCUCAGGCAUGUCUUGCAGCAGCUUCUGCAGAGACUGAGGAUGGAGGGCUGAAGCUGGAUGGCCGGAAGCUCAAGGUGGACUUGGCUGUGACCCGGGAUGAAGCUGAAAAAUUGCGAACCAAGAAUGUAAAGAAGCAAACAGGAACCCGGAACCUCUAUCUGGCCAGAGAAGGCUUGAUCCGUGCUGGGACGAAAGCUGCAGAAGGGCUGAGUGCUGCUGAUAUUGCCAAGAGAGAACGGUUUGAGCUUCUCAAACAUCAGAAACUGAAGGAUCAGAACAUCUUUGUCUCCAUGACCCGGCUGUGUCUCCACAAUCUUCCAAAGGCGGUGGAUGACAAACAGCUCAGGAGGUUGGUGCUGACUGCAGCUGGAGCUGGAAGGGCUGUGCGCCUGAAGGAGUGUCGUGUGAUGCGUGAUCUUAAAGGUGCACAUGGGAAUGUGAAGGGUCAGUCCUUGGGUUAUGCUUUUGUGGAGUUUGAAGAACACGAGCAUGCGCUGGCAGCCCUUCGUCACAUCAACAACAACCCUGAGAUCUUUGGUCCUCAGAAGAGACCAAUAGUAGAGUUCUCUUUGGAAGAUCGAAGGAAACUAAAGAUGAAGGAACUGAGGGCCCAGCGAAACCUGCAGAAAAUGAAAUCAAAGUCUGUAGCUGAUGGGCCCCCAAAAGACCAGCAGCAACAGCCUGGGAAGUUCCGGAAGCCUGAGGCUGCUCGCAGUCACACACAGGGCCCGAGCAAGCUUCCCCUGAAACCAAAAGGGGCUCCAGGUUCAUGGGCAGGUUUCCAGACCAAGGCAGAAGUGGAGCAUGUGGAGCUGCCAGAUGGAAAGAAGCGGAGAAAGGUCUUGAUGCUCCCCUCACAUAGAGGUCCAAAAAUCAGAAUGCGGGACAAAGGGAAGGCUAAACCUCCUCCACCCAAAAAGCCAAAGGUCCAGAUGAGACAUCAGAAACAGGAGAAGCGGCGCACCAUGUCUUUGCAGGUACCAAAGAAAAAGACUAAGGAAAAUAAGUCAGAAAUUCGAUUCAACCAGCUGGUCGAACAGUACAAGCAGAAAAUACUAGGACCAACAAAGGGAGCCCCUUUUGGAAAGAAGAGCAAAUGGUUUGACACUUAACCAUAGCAGCAAAUGGCUUAAGUACCUGCCUCCUUUGCUACAUUGCAGAACAUCUUGUCUUCUGGUAGUAUUGUGUUUUUCAUUGUAGGAGAGAGCUGGUGGGCUGCCAUCCUGAACUGUACAACUCUGGCCAACAGGUCCUCUCUCUGAGGUCUUAUAGCCCCAGAGGAGAGUCACAAAGAUUUGAUGAUCAUUUCGUAUUUAUAUCCAGAUUGUUCUAUGGAGCUGCAUCUCAUUGUUCCAUAUUUAUUCUUGUUUCUUGAGUGGAAACGAUUGUAACAAAUUCCUUCUCAUGAUGACUUUUAAUAUGUCUAUUUUGAUAAGCAUCCUGUCUCAAGGAAAAACUUUUGAUAUUUUUAAAAUAACAAAUCAUCAUGCUAUUCAUGAACCAUCAUUAUAUCCUUGUGUCUGAUUGCACAGUCUUUGUAUAGUGAAUAUGGAGAGAUGGCCAGAUAAGAGUCAGAAGGGAUGAAAGGUUGAAAGCAAUGCUCUACUAAUCCCCUAGGAUUGCCCUCAGUAUGACUACCUUGACCUCUAGUUGAAUUCACUUCUAGGCCCAGUAGGCUCAUCCUGCCCUUUGAGAAGUGCUGCCUUUCCUGACACUUCAAAUGCAUCUUUUUGUGAUGCAGUUGUAAACCAUAUGCCACAUGUGUGUAGUGGGAGAGACACAAGGCACAAACUUGCUGCCAUGGGCUGUCCCAAAUCAUAUAUGUAUGUGUCCUUUAAAAUUACAGUAAAUAAUUACACAAAAGGGGAAGGAAAGGAGCAAAGUUUUGAGAACUGUGUCUUCAGAAUCAUUGAAGUAUAGGAGAACGUCCUAAUAGUCUGGGGCAGGGAAAAGAGAAAGAAUGUGAUAGUGAGUAUAAAAAGUGCUACAAUACUGGAAAAUGCCCUAGAAGCAUUCCCGGUGCCCAGAAUACUUCAGACUUAGCCACCAUCUCAACCUCUUACAAGCUCCAGGUUUUCACCUCAGUCUGUCAGGGAACAUUUUCCAUGCUAAUAGGUUUUUAUUUUAUAAUGUCAGCAGGAAAGUCGGGUUCAUUUUUGGGAAGUUUAAUUUAUAGGUACCUUUGCUGGAAAUGAUUAUUCUUAACAUAGGAAAGAGCUGUAUUUAUGCUCUAAAUGGUGCUGAAAAUGAGCGCUGACAACCUUUACCCCCAGUGAGUGAAGAAGGGAGUUUGGUUAUGUAAUAUGAAUAUAUACUCGCAUAAAUAAGUUGUCUGUUUUUUUUUAAAAAAAAUUCUUUUCUGCUGGAGAAACAGAGCUUUCUGCAUUGCUUUGUCUACAUUGACCCUGAACUUUGCAUUUCUUGUCUACAUCGGAUUCUACUUGACUCAACAAUUAAGUGACUUGAGGAAGUCAGCUGAUUUCAGAUGUUUCCUAUAAUUAAAAUUUGUCUCUCUGCCA